CGUGAGCUUAAAUACAAAUUAGGUGAUUAUAGUGAUUAUACACGUGCGUUUUUUUUUUUUUUUAUUCUGUUGUAGUAGGUACUUAUCAAUUUUUUACACUAUUACUGGUUGUACCUAUACGUAUACCUUUAUGCCAGCAGUAUAAGAACAUAGAAACAAAUUGAACGAAUUGUAAACCACGAGAUAAGCGCAUGCAAGACCUUGAGACAUUAAUAAUUAUUAUUGCUGUCUGACGUAUAAUAUAGUAUGCAUACACGUCAUGAACGACCACAGUCCCGACCCUACUGGACGUGUUACAACUCGUACUUAAUUACAAUAAAUAUUAUUUACCUAAACAGCUAGACAUAAAGAUAAUCGACAUAAUGUACUAAUCUCAUUAUGUACAUUGCACAUACAUCGUAAACAUCUUUAUACACGUUUUAUGCUCUUUAGUAAAACAGUAAAAUGUAUUUACGUGUGUAUACACGAAUGAUCGUAUUUCACGGAUGAGAUGAAAAUAAUCUGAAAACAAUAUGUAUUUUAUUGGAGUGGACGUCGGGACGGGAAGUGUUCGGGCGGCAUUAGUAGACAAUACUGGUAGAAUUUUAAAAAAGUCUACCAAAAUUAUUCAAACGUGGAAUCCCGAAGAAAACUUUUAUCAACAAUCAUCCGAAGACAUAUGGCGUAGUUGCUGUAAAGUCGUGCGGGAAGUCACUGAAGGUGUACCAUCGGAAAAGGUUAAAGGUAUCGGAUUUGAUGCUACGUGUUCUUUAGUAGUUGUGGACAACGAUGGACUACCAUUAUCAGUCAGCAAGAAUGGCGAACGAGAACAAAAUGUAAUACUAUGGAUGGACCAUAGGGCCAAAAAAGAAGCGGAUUUCAUAAAUACAACAAAUCAUCGAGUGUUGAAGUAUGUGGGAGGUAAAAUAUCGUUAGAAAUGGAAACACCGAAAAUCCUUUGGCUAAAAAAUAAUCUACCAAAAAACACAUUUUGGCAAAGAGUGGGUAGAUUCUUCGAUUUGCCCGACUUCCUUACUUGGAAAGCCACGAAUGCUAUCUCCAGAUCACUGUGUACGGUCGUCUGCAAAUGGACGUACUGCGCAGAGCAGACGUUGGAUGGUUACUGGGAUCGUUCGUAUUUCGAAGAAAUCGGUCUAGAUGACUUGAGCCAAAACAAUUGGUCUAAAAUAGGCAACGAAAUAAUUGAGCCCGGACAACCUUGCGGCAACGGACUGACCGAGAACGCUGCCCGAGAAAUGGGACUAACUGUUGGGACUCCGGUGGCCACAUCGUUAAUUGAUGCACAUGCUGGAGGACUGGGAAUGAUUGGAGUUGGGUCAAAAAAUCCAACAGACUUUAAACAUCGAUUGGUGAUGAUUGGAGGUACGUCGACUUGUCACAUGUUGCUCAGCGACCAAGAAGUAUUUGUGGAUGGCGUCUGGGGACCGUACUACGGUGCCAUGGUACCCGGUCUGUGGCUCCUGGAAGGCGGCCAAUCAGCCACGGGCAAACUUAUAGAUCACGUGAUCAACACCCAUCCGGCGGCCAAACAUCUGAACGUUACGGAUGGCGUAAGAGCGGAAGACUGUUUGAACGAGUUACUCAUGAAAAUGACCACAGACAGAGGUUUGGAUGCGAUCGAUAGACUAACAGAAGAUUUUCAUGUGUAUCCUGACUUUCAUGGCAAUCGAUCACCCGUGGCGGAUCCCACGCUAAAAGGAAUGAUGGUCGGGUUGACGCUAUCCGUGGACCAAGAAAACUUGGCACUUAUUUAUCUGGCAACGAUACAGGCACUUUGCUAUGGUACCAAGCACAUCAUAGAAUCGAUGAAGGAGAAGAGCGGAGGAUCGUUAAACGUCCAAGAGAUCCUUCUGUGCGGUGGACUCAGUCAAAACUGGGUAUUUUUACAGUGCCAGGCUAACGUCACCGCGCUACCAGUACGUACUUCUACGGAAGACGACCCUGUCCUGAUCGGUUCAGCCAUGUUGGCCGCUGCUGCGUCGACAUUGUCCAAGUCCCCAGCUGAACUCCAUCCACGGUCAUCGUCACUCAGAGAUGCCAUCGCAUUAAUGGCCAGCGAUGCACGUACCGUACACCCUUCAUUAGAUUUGCAGGCAUAUCAUAAAAGAAAAUAUUCAGUUUAUUUGGAAAUGCUAAAACAUCAGAAAAUGUACAAGACCAUUAUGUCAAGAAAUCCAUGAAAAUAGUAUAUUUUAAGUAAAAUAAUAGAAUAAAUACAGUAUACCUUUUAUAA